GCGCCAGCAACCGGAAGUAAAACCUCGUGGCCCGAGGAAAAAGGGAGGGGGCCGGUGAGACAGAAAGUGAAAACUGAAGCUCCCGUGGGCUCCUAACAGAGGCGAGCCAAUCACAAGGAGGACGCCCAGGCGCAGGCGCGACCGUCAGCGGCGUCCACGUUGCGCUUGCCUUUCCUCUCUGCGCAGGCGCGAGGGCCACCGCUCGCUCUGGAUUGGACAGCCAAGCCAGUUCCGUGGUUUCUCGCGGGACAUAGGCGGCCGGAUAUGGAUGGCGUGCACAGGAAGCCAAGAUCCUGAGUCAGGUUUCUGGGUGGAGCGCACCCCUGUGCAUGAGGCAGCGCAGCGGGGUGAGAGCCUACAGCUUCAGCAGCUGAUUGAGAGUGGGGCAUGUGUUAAUCAGGUCACCGUGGACUCCAUCACACCUCUUCAUGCGGCCAGUCUGCAGGGCCAGGCCCAGUGUGUGCAGCUGCUGCUGGCAGCUGGUGCCCAGGUGGAUGCACGCAACAUUGAUGGCAGCACCCCUCUUUGUGAUGCCUGUGCCUCAGGCAGCAUCGAGUGUGUGAAGCUCUUGCUGUCCUAUGGGGCGAAGGUCAACCCGCCUUUGUACACAGCAUCCCCGCUACACGAGGCCUGCAUGAGUGGGAGUUCUGAAUGUGUGAGGCUUCUUAUUGACGUUGGGGCCAAUCUGGAAGCUCACGAUUGCCAUUUCGGGACCCCUCUACAUGUUGCCUGUGCACGAGAGCAUUUGGACUGUGUCAAAGUGUUGCUCAAUGCAGGGGCCAAUGUGAACGCAGCAAAACUUCACGAGACCGCCCUUCAUCAUGCGGCCAAGGUAAAGAACGUUGACCUCAUCGAGAUGCUCAUAGAGUUUGGAGGCAACAUCUACGCCCGGGACAACCGGGGGAAGAAGCCCUCGGACUACACGUGGAGCAGCAGCGCCCCAGCCAAGUGCUUUGAAUACUAUGAAAAGACACCUCUUACCCUCUCCCAGCUCUGCAGGGUGAGCUUGAGGAAGGCCACUGGCGUUCGAGGGCUAGAGAAAGUCGCCAAGUUAAAUAUCCCUCCACGGCUCAUCGACUACCUUUCCUACAAUUGAGCUGCAAGCAGGUGGCUGGAAAGGCUUGUGACUUGCCUGGCUAUCACCUUGCUGUGCCUAGCCUUGGGCCCUAAAGAGUUCUGUCUGUUUCUCUGAAACACUAUUGUUGCUGUAGAUAGAUUGACGCUCCUCCA